CGUAUCUUAUUUCUUAUGUACAGGAACCUAAAAAGACAUAGUAGUGGUAGAACUGUGACUGAAAAUCUGUAUGUUCGAAUUAAGAGGUGUAUUUUGGUUUUUGAACGUUUUGUGGAGAUCGGCCGCGUGGCCUUUGUGGCCGUUGGCAGGAACAGGGGCAAGCUAUGCGCCAUCGUUGACGUUAUCGACCAGAAAAGGGCGCUAGUGGAUGGCCCGUGCACCCGUUUCCCUCGUCAGCAGAUUCGUCUGAAGAAGCUUCACCUGACGGCCUUCAAGAUCCGCAUCCCGCACUCCGCCCGCACCGGCACGGUCCGCAACGCUUGGGAGAAGGCCGAGAUUGACAAGAAGUGGCGUGCCACCACGUGGGCCAGAAAGCUGGAUGCCAAGAAGAGAAAAGCCAACAUGACAGAUUUUGACCGUUACAAGCUCAUGAUCGCCAAGAAAAAGAGGACUCGCAUCAUCAACGGUGAGGUGAACAAGCUGAAGAAAGCGAAGAAGGCCGCAGCCGCUGCUAAAUAGAUGCAGUCCUCAAUCGUCAAGAACAUCAGUCACUCAAAACCUCAUACACGUUACAACCCUUCAAAACCGUGAUUAGUUACAAACUGUCACCGGUCAAAAUCUUUCGAUUUGUAUAAAGAUUGAGACGAGCUACCAAAUAUCCCAUAGUGGUGUAAAAUCGUUGGCCCAGUGCGGGUCUGUUUGAGUAAUAAAUGAAACGGUGAAGAAAUCACA